UAAAAGGAAUGAGUGUGCCCUCCCCUUCCCCCUUCCCCUUCUCUCUGGCCAGUAUGCAAAUAUGAUGGCAGGAGCUGAAGCAGCCACUUUGAAACACAGAGACAGAUAGUGACAUAUUGACAAUGGCAGAGGUACUCCACCAGCUCAGGACAGCCUAUCUUUGGACUACUGUGCCUGCCCUGGUUUUUUCAUGAUGUCAUCCAUUCAUCAUUGUGAGCUGAUUGGCGGUCCCAGGCCUUGGCCAGCUGCCCAAGGCCACGAGGGAAGAGAGAGAUACCAGGACAAACUUGCAGCAGGCCCCUGAGCAUGUGCAGAAAUGUUGUCAUCGGUUCCACAGAGAAAGACUAGGUGGAAAUCAAAGAAGACAGUAAAAGUCACAAGAUCUUUUCCAACCUUCCCUCCCCUAAAUGCCUGGGAAGAAGUCAGGGGCCUCUUGCCUGUGGAUGGGGAGCCAAACCCUGGAGUGGGCCUGGGUGUAGAGGAGGGACUGCUCUGCCAGAUGCUUCAUUCUCCAGAAUUCAACCUAUUUCCUGACUCAGUGGUAUUUGAAAGCAACUUUGUCCAGGUCAGAAAGGGCAGGAGCUGGAUAGACAUCUACAAAGCCUCCAACACCAUGGCCCUUGGGGUAACCUCCUCUGUGCCCUGCCUGCCCCUUCCCAAUAUCCUCCUCAUGGCUAGUGUGAAAUGGCACCAGGGACAGAGCCAGACAUGGAACAGACCAUCUACAGCCCCAAACAUCAAGCUGAAGAGGAUUCUCCCAUUGAAGUUUGUGGAGCUCCAGGUCUACGACCAGCUUCAGCGCAUCCUGCGGUUGAGGACAGUCACUGAGAAGAUCUACUAUCUCAGGCUCCACCCUGACCAUCCUGAGACUGUCUUCCACUUCUGGAUCCGACUGGUUCAAAUUCUGCAUAAGGGCCUGUCUAUCACCACCAAAGACCCUAGGAUUCUUGUCACUCACUGUCUGGUACCCAAGAACAGCUGCAGCCCCUCGGGAGACUCUAACUUAGUACAGAAGAAACCCCAAGCCUCCCAGCCCAGUGAGAGCCUCAUGCAGCUGAUGGCCAAGGGGGAGAGUGAGGCACUCUCUCAGAUUUUUGCCGACUUGCACCAGCACGAUGAGUUCAGGCUGGAGCUCCAGGAGCAGCAAAAAGACACAGACCAAAUGGGACAGCUCAGUUCUACUCCCGCAGAUUCUACCCUAGUCCACCUUACUGCCGCAUGCCCGGCCUGCUCCAAUAAUCUUCCACUAGUUCAUUCUUCAUUUACUCAUUCAAAAACAUGCAGUGAGCCCUUGGCAACAUUCAAAACUCGUGCCUGGGAUACCUCAGGAGCACAAAGACAGAGGCCCAUCCCCACUCCCAGGAGGCUGUUGGGGAAGGCCGGGCAUCUGAGUCAAGUCAUAGAGAGGGAGCACAGCAAGGCUGGCCGAAACACAGGAGGCAGAGGGGAUCUGUGUGAGGGAGCAUGACAUAUUCUGGACACAGCAGCCAGUUCCCCAUUUAUUGACAGGUUCUAGUUUACCCCAAAUCUACUCAUUUCGGCAUGCAUGACCCUCUUACCAUCUCACCCUCAAGCCAGAAGCCCUGUGCCUCCUCUUCUGCAGGCCUAAACUGCUCUGGUCAACCUUAGCUCUUCUUCCCCAUGCCUUAUUCAUCCCAUCUGCUCCCUUCCCCUGAUGCUCCACCCUAAAUCCUACCCAUCCUUCCAGAUUAAUCUUUCCUUGGUCAUAACUUCUUUUAAAUUAUUCCCUAAUUGUUUCAAGGGCUUAAGUCUUAUGUCUUCAACCAAUAUUCAUUCUUUUCAUGCUUCUGAAUUAUCUGCAGUGGCAAACACAGGGCUAGGAGCACAAUGGGAAUUCAAUAAAAUCCGUGCAUCACACUACUGAUAAAUUAUUGGUUCAGAAGGCAAUGAGAAUAUCAUGUUAUAUUUAGGAAUUUAGGGGAAUGUGUAGAUCCUGGAGAAGCUCUGCCAACUUUCAUCCAAACCACGGAUUACAACUCAAACAUCCGCAAGUGGUAUAAACAGGUAGAGAGCCUAGACAUCAUAUAAGAAAGGUUGACCUUUCUUUCAUCUCCAUUGUAAGUUAAAUAAUAGCUGGGCUGACACUUGGUUGCAGCACUGAAGAGGCAGUAGGAAGUGGUGGGGACGGUCACAACAAGAAAAUGGAAGUUUCCAUGAAGACUUCAAUUGUCACCAUGCUGGAACACAGGCCUGAUGCUGCCAGAUACUCUGAUUUUUCAACAAAGGCAAAAAUCUGGAUUUUUAUGUGACAUACCCCCCUGCCCCAUAAAAACUAAAACACAGUCUAGGCUGACACUUAGUGGGCAAACAAAACGUAUCUGCAGGCCAAAUUCAGCCUGGAGGCUGCCAGUUCAUUUAGCCCCUGUUCUAAAUGGUAAGUAGAGCUGGCCCACAUUUUUCCAAACCUAGGAGUGCUUUCUCAUGUCAUGUGACCACUAAAUACAAUGAUGAUUCAUUAAUGUUUUCACACAUACAUUCAAUCACACACAUACUCAAAACAUAUCCCAUGAAAUUAUGGCUGAAGAAGACAGAGAGAAUAUGUCAAGCUUAUUUCUAGGACUUGGGAGAACAGCUUGAUUUUCAGAGUCACAAGACAUGUGGUGUCAUGGAAACUACCACCAGUCCCAAACUGUCCUGAGGCUGAUUGAACGAAUUAUCCCAGUAUGUCCUCAGAACCCUUCACUUUCCUUGGAACCGAAAGAACUCCCUUUUCUUUCC